UCUACAUAAACCCAUUCCUUGUUAUCUUGCUAGGGUUUUAGGAAACAGACACAGUCUUGCGAGUGAACACAAGUUACAACAAUGGCUUUCUUUGGUAGAAUUGGGAAUUUGUUACGACAGACAGCGAGCAGGCAGGUUAGUUCAAAAUUGCGUUCGCCCCCUUCAUUUUUUCAGGCUAUACGCUGUAUGUCAUCUGCCCCAAGCACAAAACUGUUUAUUGGAGGUGUUUCAUAUUCUACUGACGAGCAAAGCUUGAGGGAAGCUUUUUCAAAAUAUGGUGAAGUUGUUGAUGCUCGGAUAAUUAUGGAUCGUGAAACUGGUAGAUCCAGAGGAUUUGGCUUUAUUACAUACACUUCGGUUGAGGAGGCAUCAAGUGCCAUUCAGGCCUUGGAUGGUCAGGAUCUUCAUGGUCGCCCAAUUAGGGUGAAUUAUGCUAAUGAAAGACCUCGUGGAUAUGGUGGUGGUGGCGGCGGCUUUGGUUCAUAUGGUGCUGUAGGUGGCGGUGGUUAUGAAGGUGGUGGUGGCAGCGGUUAUCGUGGAAAUGUUUCUGAUGGUUAUGGUGGUGGCAACUAUAGUCGAAAUGAUGGGGGUGGUUAUGGAUAUGGUGCAGGCAGUUAUGGAUCAGGCGGCAAUUAUGGGGACAGUGGCCCUGGCAAUAACUACUCGGGAGGCUAUAGUGGUAGUAACAGUGGACAUUUUGGUGAUGCCGGUAGUGUAGGCAAUCAUGAAAGCUCUACUGGUUUUGCCGGUAAUGGAUAUGAUGGAAGUGUCGUGGAUGGCGGUGUUGGUGCAGGGUCGGAAUUUGGCAGCAGUGGCCAAUUAGAUAGCAAAACAAGCAGCAAUGGAGAUGAGGGUUUUGGGGAUUACAGGGAUGACAACGAUGCAGAUAAUUUUGCCAAGAGGGCUUGAUGGAAUUUUAUAGUUUUUUGUUUUCUGCUGCUCGUGUUCUGUAUCCUACCUAAAUCUCUUUGGACUUCAACCUGAUAAGCAUUUCAUGCAUGUUAUCUUGAUCAGCUAGACAUGGAUGGGAACAACAUUAUCUAGGUCCAUCUUAAGCGUCUUUCUUCCCUUAUUUUCCUAAGAGUCAAAUAUUUCAUUUUUGUUGCUUACUUUUGAGUUGAUUUAGUAUCAAACCAAAUUGAGAUAUUCAUACAGCAUGUAAAUCUGUGAGUUGUUGCAAGUUGGGACAACAGUUUGAGACUUAUUUGGGAAAUUUAUGAUCAGUUAGUUAUUCAUAUCAA